CUCUCCAUCAUUUUUAACUAUUUUAUCAUCUUUUAACAUUUUAUCGGUCCUAAAUUUCCCCCGGGUUUCAUGUAGCUCCAGCACAUCGCCCUCCAUGUCCCUCUACUUUGAUGCGGUCGCCAUCCUGACCGCACCCUCGGCAGGAGGCUCCUUUAAAUCACGCAUCUACAGCGCCCGCAAUUUACGGGCCUCGCCUGCUCAAAUCUAUGCCUUGAUCACCGAGGCUUCCAAAUGGGACCGCGUCCUGGCGGAGGUCAUUGAAAAGGCCGAUAUCCUUAGCGUGGAGCGCAAGUUGACUCCCCUCCUCGCGCUCCUCUUGGUUUAUGACCACCUCCUCGCGAAAAAGGGCAUCGCCGCGCCCGCGGCACAUCCACUUCGCCAAGCGGUCGAGCGGCAUAAAGUUCGCCUCAAGGCGGAAUUUACCAAAGCCCGCGUGCGACGCGGUUGCGCAACGGUGGAACAGCUCAAGGCUGCCGUGCUGAGAGAGAAGCGUGAAGCGGAUGGUACUUCUCAUUUCGUCUAUCCGCGCUGGGUGCGCGUGAACAAUAUUCGCAGUUCCCUCGAGGAACAGCUGCGGACGACGUUUGCAGAGUACCAGCGUGUGGAUACCCUGGCCGCUCUCGCCCCGGAGGAGGACGAUCGUACCAAGCGGAAGCUGUUGUAUUUGGACCCCAAUAUUCCCGAUCUCGUGGCGGUUCCCUAUGGCGCCGAUUUUACCUCCUCGCCCGCAUACAAGAAUGGCGAGAUUAUCUUACAGGAUAAAGCGUCGUGUUUCCCCGCUUACCUCCUGCUAGGUGAUCGCGGCCCCAAGGAUGCCUGGCAGGGGGACUUGGUGGAUGGCUGCGCGGCCCCGGGAAACAAGACUACACACAUGGCAUCGUUACUCGCCAAGCAGCAGAAGCAGAAGAAACCUCGGAAACAGAUAUUCUCUAUGGAUGCGUCUAGAGUGCGUUCCAAGACGUUGCAGAAGAUGGUCGGGCUCGCUGGCGCAGACCCCAUGGUUACCGUCUUGCAGGGCCAGGACUUCCUAGCGCUGGAUCCGACCGAUGAACAGUUUGAGAAUGUAUCUGGUCUUCUACUUGAUCCAAGUUGUUCGGGCAGUGGUAUCGUGGGUCGCGAUGAUGUCCCGCAAUUAACACUGCCCCAGCCUAAAGUGAUCAAAUCUUCCAAGCCCAACGGCAAGAAGAGGAAACGCGGUGCCGAAGACGCGGACGAGUUGGAAGAGUCGUCAUCGAACGUGACCAUCGGAGAGCCCAGUACCGCACCAUCCGAUGAGAAUGAUAUCCCAAGCGGCACAAUCGACAAUGAUCGUCUCACCAAGUUGUCGAACCUGCAGGCGCGCAUUGUCGAGCAUGCAUUGAGUUUCCCCAAUGCUACGCACGUUACAUAUAGUACCUGCUCGAUUCAUCUGAUCGAGAACGAAGCCGUGGUGGCUCGCCUUUUGGCAUCAGACGUCGCCAAAGAGCGUGGUUGGCGACUUUUGCGACGCAACGAACAACCCGAGGGUCUGCGCCGGUGGAAACACCGCGGCGUUCGGCGUGAUCGAGACAUGGAGACCGGCGUGGAGUCGGAAGAUAGCGAAUCGGUAGCCGCACUCUCAGAGGAGGACCUCGAGGCUUGCCUGCGCUGUUGGUCCGGCGAUGCAGAAGGCUUGGGAGGUUUCUUUGUCGCCGGAUUUGUCCGUGACUCGGAAGGCACUGGUACAGAACUCGCCCAGAAAAAGUCCCAUAUCGACGAUGUUGCAGAUGACAACGCCCAAGGCGAUGUCACCGAUAAUGGCGAUGAGGAUGAAGAGUGGGAUGGCUUCUCCGAUUAAAUCAGGGUUGACUGCCAUGGCGGAUGAUGCCUUGAUCUGUAUAUUAUCAAUCCACAUAGCAUACUUGUCCAACAUCUCUCUUCAGAAUCAACAUAUGUCCCACUAGAUAUUCUCUUUAGAGGAACUUUUGUUGCUGGUUUCGCACUUGUGCAUUUGUCCACACAUCCAACUUGACCGCGAUCAAAACUGCCUCGUAUGCACCGUGAUUGUCCGGUUCCACCUGUAGUCGCCAUUGUCCCGUCCUCACUACGCAGGGCUCGUUGUAAGAUCCCUCGGACGCAUCUGAUCGGUGACGCUUGGCUGGCGGCAAAUCAUCAUCCGUCUCCAAGUCGGGCGCAAAAUUCGCUGGGCAGGUCGGGUUCGAUUCACCGUCAACCACAAUGUCCGUAGCCUGUCCCCAGCGAACCCUGACGGGAAUCGAACCGAAUUUGGAAUCUGACAGUCCCAUCUUCUUAGCCACCACCUGGAGCAAGCUGGCCAUGCGAGACUUGGUCAACCCAACAAAGUCGGCCCGGCGAGCGGCUCGAUUAACCCACGUGGAGGCGUCUGCAAUCUCCAAGAUCAAGUCGGCUGGAUUCUCGUCGACAAAGGGACGCGCGUACAGGACCGACCCGAUGCCAGUUCGAGAAGUGGUAUCAGGAGCGAACUGAACACCCGAAGGUCGUACAUCUUCCAAGCGAAUGAUAAUUUCCGAGCGUUGACGGAACGGAUUGUAACUGAUAUGGUGGGGGAUCAACUUUUGCUCGAGACCGCGAAGGUGGAAAUAGCGACAAUCCCGUAGUAGCUCUGCACGAUGGUCGGCAUUUCGAAUGUGCAGCGGGUACCCGCGUAGAAGGUGCAGCAAUUCUGCAAACACGUCUGCAGAUCGAUUGGGAACGCUUGGGGGCACGAUAGCCGGGGGUCGAAGCAGGCCGACACGGUCCAGGCCGGGGAACACUUCGGAGGGCGAGGCGAAAAACACACCAAACCCAAGGGAAAAGAAGUUCGGGGAAUCACCAGGGCCGUUGAAGAUAUCACGAGGGAUCUGAAAGUGGCGGUCGCCGAUCUGCAUGAAGAUCUCUGCCUCGAAUAAUUGGGACAUCAACCGUGGCACUGUCGUUCGGUCAGCACGGACUCGGUCGCAAAAUUGGGGUCAAUUCAGCGGGGGUGAGGAUCUGACAGGUGUAGAAUUGCGCAUCGGCGAAUAGCUUCACGAAUUGGGCGCCAUCUCGAGGUUGCACAUGAUAGCCUGUGAACUAUUAGUCCGUGGCCCGUGAAGGUUUGGGUUGUAGGCUCCCGGCGCAUGCGCGUGUAUGCCUGCGGUCGUUUCGCGGUAUCUGUACCUUGGAGAUGGCGGGCGAUGUCUUUAAAGGUCGCCGGGUCGCGAUCAAUGUAGAGGGUUCGAACAUUGGAGGCAUCGGCCAGACGCAAUUGUUCCUCGAAGAAGCGAGAGAAAUAGGAGGGCGCUGAGUGAAGAGUGACACGUUAACUUUUAGGGAUCGUCGGGGAGGAACGAGUUGGAGAUCUCCACUCACCGUCCGAGGCAAUUGAGGCUCCAGAAAGGCGAAAGAGCUCGGAGCCAAUCUGGAUCGAGAAGACUUUGUCGGAGGGUAAGGUGCAGGCUGGCAAUUUGCCGGCGCUAGGGGGAGUGGUGGUCUUGGAGUCCCCUGCCAUGGUGGUGGAGGUGGAGAUGGAGG